AUGCCUCCUGUGCGGUGGAAAUCUCUAUGCAUUACGCUAUUAUUCUUAUAUCAAGGAUGGGUGAUGACCACUGCUCAAGAAAUGCAGGAUGCCAUUUCCAUGACGUCAGACGGGUGGCGUCCGAUAAUAGGCACAGGAAGACAGCCGCCGACGUAUUCUGAGAAUUCUGAGACGAGAAUCUCCCAGUACAAGAGUCCCAGUCAGAAAGUCGAAUUUGACAUCGUCAAGUCCGAAAAUACGAUCGCAGUUUCGUCUACGGUGUCUCCGCAAAAAUUCGGAGAGACUUCCACGAACACGAUCAACCAUGUCAAUGGAGGGACGGUGCAUUCUUCUUUCCAAGGCGGAAAAAUCCCCCCGCACUCAAAGUUCCCGUCGUACCACACCUUGCCGCCCCCGCCGCCCCACCGCCCUUCAAUCCAGGGGCGGCCCGGCCAGGGCGGCUUCAGGAGGCAGCCCCAAAAGCAGGAGACCCUUCUCGUCAAGCGCAAACCGGCGCGGGGUCAAGCUGUCGCUCACAGCAACAGGGAGGAGGUUUAUGUACACGCGCCCAUCAACAUUCCGUACCUGAAACUGGGUCCCAGCAACGUGAAGCCCAGAGAGACCCAAGGAUUGGGCUUCAUCGGCAAGAACCGAUUCACCAACAAACACCACUUCACCGUCAACCAGCCCAACUCGCAUGUAGAGGUCAACAGGUUUCCGCAUCCGCCCACCAACGACGACGUCUUCGAGCAAUUCAAGAGCCAGACGUUGGUCUUCCCCAAGCUGAAAAACCAGCAGGACGAAUACACCAGGAAUCUGGUACCUCCUCCUGCGCUUCGCCACCUGGCGGAAAAAGAGAAACUAAAGUCCGGCAAGAUCCCCGCCCACUUCAAGGACAACGUGGCGACCGUGUCCGAGCCGGUGAUCGAGUUCCACGACCUCGGCUUGCAGGGCUUCGUGCAGCCUCAGCCGCCCGUCCAGGAGAACCUGGUGCAGGUGUCGGAGCCCUACGGGCAGGCGCUGGAGGCGUUCCGGCAGCGGUACCGACCCGACGAGCCGGCCAUCGACGUGCAGGUGACCAAAGAAAAGGUGAAAGAGUGGCAGAACACGUUGCCCAACAGGGUGAAUCCUAAGGUGCCGCAAUAUGUUGACUACGAUUUUCACUCGCUGACCAAUCAGGGCCACUUCCCUAAAUUGCAGACCUAUGAGGUGACUGAGGGAAAAUGGUCAGACAACCCCGACCCCUACACGUUCGUCUAUCACCAGCCGCAGCAGCCGCAGCCUCAGCAGCCACAGCAGCCUCAGCAGGCCCGACAGCCUUCCUCUUCUCCAGGGAACAGUGCCAGACCGCAGCUGAUCGCAGAGCCGUCGGUGGAGCUGCACGUGCCGCCGUUCCUUCCAACGCCCUACAGGCCGCUGGGGCCCUUCCCCACUUCUUCCACGCACAGCGAGGCCUCCACCGUCUUCUCCAAGGUCAGCGAGAAGAUGAACCGGUACAAGGGGCAGGCGCUGGCUGACAAUCCGCUGUUCUUCGACAUCAAAGAGGUGUCUACACACUAUCCAAUUCUCGGUGAGUUUUGUGAUUUUUGCAAUCUUCACGAGAGGGGAUAG